UGGACAGCCAUGGCUCAUGAUUCAUGACUAGAACAGUGGAAUAGUGAAAUGAUCCAAAUGUAUCAAGUUAACAUCUGUUGAUUGAUGUUAUGUAUAUUAGUCCUAUAAAAUGCUUAUUAUGAGAAACGUAGAAAUUAGAUUUGAUGGUGUUUAACGAAUUACUGAAACGAGUUUCUAAGAAGUGCGGCCAAUUUAUUCUUGGAACCGUGAGAUAUGGAUGCAUUAUCCAUGUUGUUCUUGAACACCUUGGAGAUUUUGUCAUUUGCUCAGGACCUUCGAUGGAACCAACUCUAUUCACAAAUGACACAAUUUUAACAGAACAUGUGAGUCCAAAACUGAAUAAUAUAAAAAAAGGAGACAUUGUGGUAGCAAGAUCUCCAACAAAUCCAAAGCAGUUUAUUUGCAAGAGAGUGACAGGAGUUGAAGGGGACAAAAUGUGUCCUGGUUUCAUAAGUCAAGUCGUUGUUCCUCGAGGACAUGUGUGGCUAGAAGGUGAUAACCGCAAUAAUUCGUCUGACUCACGCAACUACGGCCCUGUUCCAGUUGGUCUACUACGUGGUCGUGUCCUCUGCAUCAUCUGGCCAUUCUCUCACCUUGCGCUGCUCACAGAACACAACGAGGCAUAACUGUGCUACAGGGUCAUGUAAAAUAAUUUAUUGUAGAUCUGUAGAAUUGAUACGAAAUAGAUGCACAGAAAUGUUUUGUUAUGCAUAUUGUGAUUUAAAUUUGAGUUUUAUUAAAAUGUUAAAUUCUAUCUCUAAA